AUGCACAAAUGUGUGGUGGGCGACACCAGCCGCAUUGUGCAGGUGCUGUACAACCUGGUGGGCAACGCCUGCAAGUUCACAGAGCGGGGCAGCAUCUGGGUGGAUGCAUCUGUGAGCGGCAACGGCGAGGUGGUGUCGGUGUCUGUGCACGACACCGGCAUCGGCAUCCCGCAGGACAGGCUGGAGGACAUCUUCGCGCCCUUUGCGCAGGUGGACAUGAGCACCACCAGGCGGUACGGCGGCACCGGCCUGGGCCUCAACCUAGUCAAGCAGCUGGUGGAGGCGCACGGCGGUGCCAUCACCGUCGCCUCCCGCCAGGGCAAGGGCUCCGUGUUCACCUUCACGUUGCGGGUCUGGCGGGACGGCCAGGCGAGCCCCAGCCCCAUCACCGACUCUACGCGGCGCAGCAUGGCGCUGGCGGCGCGGAAGACGACUGCCGAGGCGGCGGAGGAUUUAGAAAGCGUGCGUUCCUCCCAGGCCUAG